AUGUUUACAGAUGUCUCCGUAGAUACCUCCGUUAAAGUUAUCGAAGAAUGGAUUUCAUUCUCAGAUGAUGUUAAAAUAUAUACUAGAACUUGGAAGGCAGUAUCAGAUAAACCUACUGCUACAGUAUUAUUUAUUCAUGGUUUUGGAGAAUAUGUUAAACGUUACAACCAUGUAUUUGAUAAAUUCGGAAAAAAAAAUAUUGAAGUUUUUGCUUAUGAUCAACGUGGUUUCGGUAGAACAGCUAAGCAAUAUAACAACCAUGGCGAUUCUGGUGGUUGGGAAAUUAUUAAAGCUGAUAUUACUCAUGCUUUAACAUCCCAACGAAGAAAUGGAAUUCCUCAAUUUCUGAUGGGCCAUAGUAUGGGAGGUGGUCUUACACUACGCUAUGCUUGCGAAAUUGAUGAAAAGCAUAAUAAUGUAGCAGGUUUUAUCUGUGCAUCACCAUGGCUUCAAUUAUCACCCCAAUCUGAUCCUAUAUCGCGGAAGAUCGGAUUAUUCUUUCUUCCUACUCUUAGCAAGUUUUUGCCAAAUAAUAAAACAGAUGCUUCAGUAGAUGCAAAAUACAUUUCUCGUGAUCCAGUUCAAAUUAAAAAAUACCAGGAUGAUCAGAUGAUUAUAGAUUCUAAAUAUGCUACUUAUAAAACUCAUCCGGUUACUAGUCCAGAAGCUUCUAAACAAUUCGUUCAAAAAACUAAAGCCAGUAAUGUAAUGUUUCGUGAAUGGAAGGAUCGUCUACAUGAAAUGCAUAAUGAUUAUGAUAACACGGAAGUUAUUCAGAGUUACAUUCAAUGGAUUCUUGAACAGGUCAACUCCGCCACCGAAGAGUAA